AUGACAUUCGACUGGGACGGACAGAAGGGAGAAAUUCCGGUAAAGUUUAUCCAUAGCAUCGAAGAUGUGUCGACUGACGAUUCUGGGGCGGAGUCAAGCGAAGAAAGAUCGUCAGACGAAGAAGAAUAUGAAGAGCAGGAGUUGAAUGGGAAAACUUACCUGAUGUGGAUGGCGAACCAAGACGACUGGACCACGACCAGACCAAAGCGUAAGAAUUAG